GCGGGAAAUCUUGGAUAAUUAUGAUGACGUCAUGAUUUUCUAAGGUUUAUAAUUACGACCCGUCUUUUCGUUGUUCACUAAGAACUUUACAUUUCCCGAAAAACGGAACAUAUGAACGGUAUUAUGCAAACGUCCUCCCUUUUGGCCGUGUUACUGGUGACCCUGCUUUCAGUAUGGACUGUGUUGGGCAAUGACUCUCUCCUACCCCCCAACAGACCCUCUCGCUUCAGCAGCCCGGGACAGCUCCGACAAUACCUGAAAGCUCUCAAUGAUUACUAUGCCAUCGUUGGACGGCCGAGAUUUGGGAAAAGAGAUAGCGAAUUUUCUUCAUACGACCAAGAACGUCGAUCAGACGGAAUUCUUUCGAGCAGUCGAGACAGAGCGGAUUUUGCGGGACCACAAUGGUGGUAGCGACUCAUCUCAUCAUCAUUUUUGUUCUCUCUGAUUUGCAUAUUGGUGAUGGUUAUUGAAAUAAAACACGAAAACCUUAAAUCAUAAUCAAUAUUCAUAAAUGUAAAUUUUACGAUUAGACAGCUAUUUACAAAGUGUUACUGUAAAAACAUUAUAGUUUCAUGAUUUAAUGUAAUAUAUUUUUGUUUUCGUCAAGGAAAAAAUUGGUGUGUCAAUUAUGCACUUGUCUGUUUAAUUCUUUAUGAGGACUUAAACCUGUUCAUUUUGUUCAAUCAGGGUUGAGUUUGAACAUUUAAAUAAAAUUUAAUUAUUAUUA